GGAGUGGCGUGCGUACAAUUUCCCUGCUUUUGUUUCCUAUUUCGGAAGGCACCUCUUGCCCCCCUGACUCAGCCAUGACUCAGUGACUCUCGAUAGUUACUUCCCGCGGGUAUGCCCUCAUGGCAGGUGACUUUCCCGGCUACCUGGGUUCUCCGCAGCGGUCUUGGUCUCUGUUUACUUAGUCUUCUCGCUCUUUCUCUUUCUGAUUCCUUUAUUCUUAUCAAUCCUGUUGCAAUCGAUCAUCUUGUCUGCUAUGUGUUCUAUCAGAAAAGGUUUCACCUUCUGCUGUUCUGUACUCCGUGCGGGACAUACGUACAUACUGCCUAGAAGGAGGAUAAAUAUCUUAAUUAUCAAUACGACUUGCAUGAUCAUCCUA